AACGGAGAGGGGAGCGCGGACUAUCUGUUCUAUAUUUUCUCAUUCGUACUGCUUCGGAACAAAAUGGCUUUGACCCAAGAAUCGCUUUUGUCCUUUUUACUGGAGCACGGAGGCAAGGUGAAGAACUCGGAGCUACUAAACAACUUCAGGAGUCUAAUCAGCUGCAGUGAUCCCGCGGAAAAGCAGCACAAUAGGGACCUUUUCAAGAAGUUGGUGAACAGCGUCGCUGUUGUCAAACAGAUCGACGAGGUAAAGUUUGUGGUUGUGAAGAAAAGGUAUCAGGACUUUGUUAAAGAGGUGGCUCAGGAUGCCUCGCAGAAAACGCAGAUGGAUGACAGUUUCUCAAGCCAAAAUACGAGCUUUUCGUACACAUCUCCUCAUCGAGCCGAGUCAGCCAGGGUGAUUUAUUCUGAUAUUGAGAACAAUAAUAUGUGCUGUCCCUCAAACAUACAUGGCAACUAUUAUAGUGAUGCCAAAAAUACUUCUGUGGGGGCUAUGCUGGAAAGGAGCCCGUUAUCAAGAAACAUAAGUUGUGCGGACGCAACUACUGUUAAAGUCCUGAAUAUCUCCGGAGAUCGGGCGAGCAGAGCGAGGAAAUCUGGAGCUGUGUUCGCUGUCAUAGCAGUAAAAUCCCCUCCCAGACACUCUGCACCAGCAACACAGGAAGGAUUACAUUCCCAAGUGCAUCCGCAUAAAACCUCGGACAAACCAAUCACGUUGGUAACAGAAGUUUCUACAACAUCUGUGCCGACUCUGAAUCCUAACUUUCCAGCUUUUGCAAAAAGAGAAUCUCAGUGUUGGAAAGACAGACAGACAGAGGACAUGCAACCGCCAGGCUUUGCCCUGCUGAGGCCCCAAAACAAGAGAGAUGAUGCAAAGUACUCAGAGUCUGUGCCUUUGGAGCCAUUAGCUCAUGAGUGGUUGGUAAAGUGUGCUGCUGGACUGUGGGAACAGAUCCAUGGUUUGCUGCUGCAGGACACACGGUUAGCACAGAAGAAAGACUUCAUGUCAGGUUUCACAGCACUGCACUGGGCUGCCAAGAGUGGCAACAGCGAGAUGAUACACAAGCUCGUGAAUAUCUCCAGGAAAAGAGGCACCUGUGUUAACAUCAACAGCAAAGCACACGGAGGAUACACACCUUUACACAUCGCAGCAAUGCACGGCCACACUGAAGUAAUGGUUUUGCUUGUGCAAGGUUACGGAGCCAAUGUGAAUGAAAGAGAUAAUGAUGGCAAGAAGGCCUUCCACUACCUGGGCAAAGGUGUGUCAGCUGAGGUCAGAGCACUUAUGGGAGGACUGCAGCAGAGCAACUACAGGGAGAAGACAGAAGAUGAAGACUACAGAGAGCACCAGAAAGGCUUCAACACAAUUAGUAAACUCUUCCAGCCUCACAUAGGGAAGAAACAAAAGACCACAACUAAGUUUGCUCAUGACUGGUGAGAAUGAUCAAAAAGAAAGCUGUGAGGACAAUAUGAAAAUCGUUAUAAAUAAUACUGUCUUACUUUGUAUAUUAUGUUAAUAUAAAACAACUUACAUCAUUGUUUAUCCUUUAGAUCACUUAAUGUCUAUAACUAAAUUACAAACGUGUCUCAGCACUUAUUGCAGCUCCCUUCUACAGUGUAUCACUGUUGAAUGUACUAUUUAUGAAUGGUAUUUAUAAGUUAAUGUCAUUUUCUUUAGUUGAACUCCAUGUAUUAACAAUGAAUUCUAUUUUGAACCCUUUACAUUUAUUUUACUUACUAACAACACAAUCAGUGAUAUUCAAACAUGUUUUCAUUACCUCGUGUGUAACAAAUCUUGGGAAGUUACCUCUUGAUUCGUGACUUAAAAGUGUGAGGAAAUAUGAAAACAGACCACACCUGGAAACAGGUGCUAUCAACACUGGUGUGAAACUAUUUUGUGUUGUUGAUGUAGAAUGCUUAUUGCUUUUGUGCACAGCAGAUCAAGUAUUUAUGAUAUUCUGAUCAUCAAAUAAAGUUCUUCAAAGCAAA